UAAACCGAAGACUCUCGGCGAGCGCUCAUUCCUUUGGUUGAUCUGAACGACACAGGACGGAUUAAUUAGCGGUUGCUCUUAACAAAGCGAAAAACUCAAAACUCUACAGAUACAUUGUUCGAGGACAGAAAGUUUAUUCAGUUCAUUCAGUUUAUUCUGUUUAUUCUGUUUAGACCGAGUUUUCACAGUGUGUCUACAAUCCACUUGAUCGUGUCUUCAUCACCGUCUUCUACAGACUUUGGUGGAGGUGUUGAAAAGGUGGAUUUCCCCCUCCCUAUCACCACUGUCAGCAUCUCGACUUCAUCGUUGUUCGCCAGGUGCAUCGAUGUAGAAGAAGCUGGAAAAGUGGAUUUACCCCCAACUACCUUUCCGGUGAACUACUACUGUCCGCUGUGGGCUUUUUAGGAGGACACGCCGAUGUGGUAAUUGUUCCGAACGCUGAAACGUCUGUUCAGUACCCUGGACCGUUAUCCUUAUCAGACGACAUAAGCAGCGUUUGGUUACAAACAGAAGGAGAAGAGGAGAGUGUUGUAGCUGCUGAAAACAACAUAGCAGCAAUGGAUUUUGUUCUUCCAAAUGGUGUGUUGUCUUCUGAGAUUGUUCAGCAUCCUGGACCCUCCUCAGAAGCCAUAAACAGUGUUUGUUUUGAAGAAGAAGGAGGAGACGAGAACGCUGAAAACAUCUCAUCAGGGAAAAAAACAGCAAAAUCCAUUAAAAGAAGAAUUGCAAAAUUUUUCUGUACAAUGGGGAAGAAGAUCAAGAGCCCUUUUGUUCACUGCUUCGGUAGGAACAAAGUGGUAUCUUUCGUACCCUCCCCAGAGCUGAAUCCGGGGAAGGCCAGUGAUGAUCUGGUCAAAUCAGAGAUGAAGUCCAGUUCCGGGAUGAAGGCUGAUGAUGAUAUUUCUCAUCCCGUGGCAAAGGCAGACUAUGAUCUGCUGAAUACUACAAAGCCUGAGGAUGUAUCGUCUGCCCCCCAGCAUUUCACUGGUACUUCUUCCGUCAGUAUUCCUCAGUUUGUCAUCCCGAGGGCAGAUACCAGUCUGCAUAUUGUGGAUUUUAGCGAAGACGAUUCAGUCGAUACUGUGCUGAAUGCUCGCACCAAUCCUGCCAAUCCCAAGCCAAAGAAGCCAACCUCAUCUACUACCGAUGAGGUGCUUGGGGCGAUUGGCUUUACCAGCAGGAUGUACCCAAAAAGCCAUGAAUCUGAUGGCAAACAGGGUUUCAUUAAUCCAUGUGAACCCAAGGAGAAGACGGACACCAUCUCUGCCAAUCCCAAGCCAAAGAAGCCAACCUCAUCUACUAGCGAUGAGAUGCUUGGGGCGAUUGGCUUUACCAGCAAGGUGUACCAAGAAAGAGAAGACUCCGAUGGCAAACAGGUCGCCAUAAAGCAAGUUUGGGAAUGGAAACAUAAUCCUUACACUGAUAUUAAGGUUAACAACAAUUCAAAUGAUGCCAAUUUUAAGACUGGCACCAUUCCCAAGACAAAGGGUUUUAUUAAUCCAUAUGAACCCAAGGAGAAGAUGGACGCCAACCCUGCCAAACCCAAGCCAAAGAAGCCAACCUCAUCUACUAGCGAUGAGGUGGUUGGGGCGAUUGGCUUUACCAGCAAGGUGUACCAAGAAAGAGAAGACUCCGAUGGCAAACAGGUCAACAUCAAGCAAGUUUCAAAAUGGACCCGUAACCCUUGCAUUAAUAUUAAGGCUGACAAUAAUCCAGGCAAUGCCAAAUUAAAGACUGGCACCAUUCCCAAGGCAAAGGCUGGCACCGGUGUUGGCAAUCCAGUUCGAAAACCUAUUGCUAUUCCCUGUGGUAUCAUGGUGAAGGCAGACCCCAAACCUGCCAUCCCCAAAAAGACGGCUGUUUUUCAUGAGCGUGAUAAGAAGGUGAAGGCAGACCCCAAACCUGCCAUCCCCAAAAAGACGGCUGUUUUUCAUGAGCGUGAUAAGAAGGUGAAGGCAGACCCCAAACCUGCCAUCCCCAAAAAGACGGCUGUUUUUCAUAAUCGUGAUAAGAAGGUGAAGGCAGUAACCAAACCUGCCAUUCCAAAGAAGACAGCUGAUACCGAGGUGAAAGCAUAUAGCGAGGAGAUCAAUGCGGCACACAGAACCUUGUGUCAUGAUUAUUGUAUUGAUACAGAUAAUCCGCUUGGUAAAGGUAGCUUUGGCGCUGUGUUUCCGGGGACCAGUAAAGCCGAUGGCAAACCGGUUGCUAUCAAGUUUGUGAAACGAAGGCAACCAAACCGUUACUUUAUCAUGCCUGGAUCUGGAAUGGUUCUCACAGAACUAGUAGUGUUGCACACAUUAAAGGAGGAUCCAAACCCUCAUGUGAUCAAACUUUAUGACAGCUAUGAGGAUCCGGAUUACUUCAUACUCGUCAUGGAGCGGCCUGAUCCUUGCAUGACCUUGAAUGAGUUUAUUAAACUUCAACGAGGUCUGCUGGAAUCAACAGCACGCAUCCUAAUGCGUCAGGCAGUCAUGGCUGUAAAACAUUGCUUUAAGCAUGAGACUUUUCAUACUGACCUCCACGCUGGCAACUUCCUCGUGGAUAAAAACAACAUGCUGCUGAAGCUGAUCGACUUUGGGUGCUGUGACCGAUUAAGAGACACGGCCUAUGCAUAUGAAGAGUAUUUGGGGGCACCGGCUUAUCGGCCACCUGAGGUCCGCAACAGGGGCAGAUACCACGCCAUGUCAAGCAGUGUCUGGUCUCUGGGAACUCUGCUCUAUUAUAUGGUUAAUGUAAACUUGCCCUUUCCCAAAUAUGGGCCAGUAACUGAAGGCAUGAUAAACCACGAGAAUGACUAUUUAACAAAGCGAAAAAACCCAUCAAAAUCCAUUUAAAGAAAAAUUACAACAUUUUUCCAGACAUUGGGGAAGAAGAUAAAGAGCCCCUUUUGUUCACUGCUUCGGUAGGAACAAAGUGGUACCUUUCGUACCCUCCCCAGAGCUGAAACCGGGGAAUCCGGGAAGGCCAAUGAUGAUCUGGACAAUUCAGAGAUGAAGACCAGUUCCGGGAUGAAGGCUGAUGAUGAUAUUUCUCAUCAUGUGGCAAAGGCAGACUAUGAUCUGUUGAAUACUACAAAGCCUGAGGAUGUAUCGUCCGCCCCCCAGCAUUACACUGGCACUUCUUCCGUCAGUAUUCCUCAGUUUGUCAUCCUGAGGGCAGAUACCAGUCUGCAUAUUGUGGAUUUUAGCGAAGACGAUUCAGUCGAUACUGUGCUGAAUGCUCGCACCAAUCCUGCCAAUCUCAAGCCAAAGAAGCCA